CCAUCCACCACCCCAUCCCCAUCCCCAUCCACCACCCCAUCCCCAUCCCCAUCCACCACCCCAUCCCCAUCCCCAUCCACCACCCCAUCCCCAUCCACCACCCCAUCCCCAUCCACCAACCCAUCCCCAUCCCCAUCCACCACCCCAUCCCCAUCCCCAUCCCCAUCCACCACCCCAUCCCCAACCACCACCCCAUCCCCAACCACCACCCCAUCCCCAACCACCCCAUCCCCAUCCACCAACCCAUCCCCAUCCCCAUCCACCACCCCAUCCCCAUCCCCAUCCCCAUCCACCACCCCAUCCCCAUCCACCACCCCAUCCCCAACAACCACCCCAUCCCCAUCCCCAUCCACCACCCCAUCCCCAUCCCCAUCCCCAACCACCACCCCAUCCCCAUCCCCAACCACCACCCCAUCCCCAACCACCACCCCAUCCCCAACCACCCCAUCCCCAUCCACCACCCCAUCCCCAUCCACCACCCCAUCCCCAACAACCACCCCAUCCCCAACCACCACCCCAUCCCCAUCCUCAUCCACCACCCCAUCCCCAUCCCCAUCCCCAACCACCACCCCAUCCCCAUCCCCAACCACCACCCCAUCCCCAUCCCCAUCCCCAUCCACCACCCCAUCCCCAUCCCCAUCCACCAACCCAUCCCCAUCCACCACCCCAUCCCCGUCCACCACCCCAUCCCCAUCUCCAUCCACCACCCCAUCCCCAUCCCCAUCCACCACCCCAUCCCCAUCCCCAUCCACCACCCCAUCCCCAUCCCCAUCCACCACCCCAUCCCCAUCCACCACCCCAUCCCCAUCCACCAACCCAUCCCCAUCCCCAUCCACCACCCCAUCCCCAUCCCCAUCCACCACCCCAUCCCCAACCACCACCCCAUCCCCAACCACCACCCCAUCCCCAACCACCCCAUCCCCAUCCACCAACCCAUCCCCAUCCCCAUCCACCACCCCAUCCCCAUCCCCAUCCCCAUCCACCACCCCAUCCCCAUCCACCACCCCAUCCCCAUCCACCACCCCAUCCCCAACAACCACCCCAUCCCCAUCCCCAUCCACCACCCCAUCCCCAUCCCCAUCCCCAACCACCACCCCAUCCCCAUCCCCAACCACCACCCCAUCCCCAACCACCACCCCAUCCCCAACCACCCCAUCCCCAUCCACCACCCCAUCCCCAUCCACCACCCCAUCCCCAACAACCACCCCAUCCCCAACCACCACCCCAUCCCCAUCCUCAUCCACCACCCCAUCCCCAUCCCCAUCCCCAACCACCACCCCAUCCCCAUCCCCAACCACCACCCCAUCCCCAUCCCCAUCCCCAACCACCACCCCA